CGCCUGCGCCGCGCCCUGGCCCGGCGGGCAGUUUGAAUUUGGUUCCUGGAGUGGCGUCUCGCGAUCCUGAGAUUCCGGCCGAAACGCGGGUCUCCCAGGUUGGCGAACUGGCAGAGUCUUGAAGGAUGACUUCCUCAGAUCUGGAACAGUUAUGCUUUUAUAUUAAUGAAAAGAUUGGCAAUAUCAAAAAAACCCUCUCAUUAAGAAAUUGUAGUCAAGAACCUACCUUGAUGACUAUAUUAAAUAAAAUAGGAGAUGAGAUCAUUGUAGUAAAUGAACUUUUAAAUAAAUUGGAAUUGGAAAUUCAGUAUCAAGAACAAACCAACAGUUCACUCAAGGAACUCUGUGAAUCUCUUGAAGAAGAUUACAAAGCUGUGGAACAUCUCAAAGAAAACAUUCCUCCCCAUUUGCCUCAAGUAACGGUAACUCAGAGUGUUGUUAACGUAUCAGAUCUUGAUCCUCAAGAACCGGUCAAAGUUGAGGAAACUGCUCCCACAAAGAAGCCCCCCAAAGAACAAAAAAUUAUUAAAGAAAUGCCAUUUUUAACUUCUGAUGAGUUUAAUGCCAUUCCUGCAUACAUGAAAUCCCGCUUAACCUACUGUCAAAUUAAUGAUGUUAUUAAAGAAAUGAACAAGGCAAUACUUGGAAAAUAUAAGAUUCUACAUCAACCAAAAAAGUCUGUGAGUUCUGUGGCCAGAAAUCUCUAUCACAGAUUUAUGGAUGAAGAAACGAAGGAUACCAAAGGUCAUUAUUUUAUAGUGGAAGCUGACAUCAAGGAGUUCACAGCUUUGAAAGUUGACAAGAGGUUUCAUGUGAUACUGAAUAUUUUACGACACUGCAGGAGGUUAUCAGAGGUCCGAGGGGGAGGACUUACCCGAUAUGUUAUAGCCUGAGACCCUUGAGAACUACUGAGCUGACCAAGAGUAGGUUAUAGAUGCUAUUUCUGUAAUUUCCUUAUAUAUAAUUUCUGAUAUAUAAUUUUUCACUUUCAUACUCUUAUUUUUCUUAUAAAAAUACAAUUAUUAAAAAUAAAGCAUCUGUAUUUUUAAAUUUACUUCCUAUGGGGAUAUAUUUAGCCAUCCAUUAUAUAAGCCUUGUGCUAGGCAUAUGAUGGAACUAUAUGUUCAUGUCUAGUAUUUGUGUUUAGUCAUCUCAGUGCUAUAGACCCCAGUAAGACAAGUGCAGAUGUGAUAAUAGAAGAAAAAGGUCAAGAAGAUAAGGUUCAGGAUACCAGGGCCCUUUGGAAUUAGGAGUCAUUAAUGUCUAAAUUGCAUCAAUGCCAUUUUGUAUUUGGAGGCAGCCCAUCCAUGUGAUUAUUCUGCUUUCCCAUAUAUUGUUAGGGAACAGCUUACCUGAAAUACAUACAUAUACCAAUCUGUGGCCUAUAGUGAAAUUGUAAUAAAAGUAUAUUUAGAUGAAAAAGCUGACAAAAUAACAUGUGUCAGCAGGUUUACUGGUUGUGGAAAGUGGGUAGUUGGAUUGUAAGAAUUUAAUUGUGUUUUUCUUCUGCACUUGGGGGACUCUUUAGUCUACCUAUGAAGAAUUAUUGUCAAAAACAUUAAGCCUGAAUAUAAUUAAGACUUUAGCACUAUCAUCUAGUUUAUAGUAAACACAGAGAUAGAGACACAUACUAAAUUCCAUCAUGAAGAAACAAUCAGACAAAUCCAGAUAGAACCUAAAUAACACACUCUUUUACACACAGGUCAAUAACAGAAAAAAGAGGGAUCUUGUUCUAUAGUAAAAGAGACUAAGAGUAUAGCCUCCCAUCAUGUGUUCUUGAAUAUUGUGUUGACCUGAGUUUGGCAUCUUAAGCUAGGCCAGAGCCUGCGAAUUCCAGACACAUGUGCUACAGAAUAUCAAAGAGUCCCAUUUCUGUGGGUCUGUUUCUUUUUUUCUUUCUUGUUUUGGCAGAGAAAUUGUGUUUUAAAAGUUGUUUUUAAAUGACAAUAAAACAAGCCAAUAAAUUAAUAAAUAAAAGGCUUAGGCACACAACCAUAUCUAAACUAUGAACCUAGAUUGGAUUCUGUAUUGAAAAAGAAAAGAUUUAGGGAAAAUUUGUGGAAAUUUUAAUAUGGGGUGUACAUUAGAUAGAUGCCAAAAACAUUUAUUUUCUUAGGUAUGAUAAUAGUAUUAUGGUUGUGUAGGAUGAAUAUUUUUAUUUUCUGCAGAUGCAUCCCAAGGUUAAGGGGUGUGAUGUCAAUAAAAUGCUCUCAAAUGGUUCAGCAAUGAGAUAUAUACAUAGAUGGAGUAUAUAUAAUAGUAUGCAUUGUAUUCUAAUUUUAUGAAUGAUUAAAAUUUACCCUAAUAAAAUUGUAACACCCUUGUGAAAAAGUGCGCUGAUUAGAUAUUUCAUGUAAACACUAAUAAGAAUUUGUAGACUGAUGAAGUGUGAAGUAGGGCAAGAAGGAAGAGUUGCUAAUGAUCAGUUAGGAGCUCACAUGCUACUUCAUCCCUCUGCUGAAAUCCAGCCCACCUGCAUCUGUUCUUCCUAGCAAGGCUCACGGCACCUCAGGGUGUUUGAACUUCAUGCAUUAGAUGAAAAGGGUGAAGAUAGGAGUUUAUUGAAUUAUGCUGUAGGUAAAUAUAAUUACCCACAAAGCAAUGUAUUUGUCAUCUAAUAUACAUGGAGAGAUGAUAUGUAGUGUAUAAAGCUUGAUAUCUGAAAAAUGUUCCCUUUUUUUAAAUAUUUACCCAUACAAGAGCUGGGGUACAGGCCAGAGAUGCGGGGGGUGAGAGGAUUCACCAGAGACAGAGUGGGGAACAGAACAGGCAGAUUGACCAGAGUACACUGCUGAGGGGAGCAGCAGGUGAGGCAGGAGAGGUCUGCUGCGCCAUGUGGGUUGCUCCCUGGCUGGGCAGGGAUUGAACUUGUGCUGCAGAGGCCACGGAUUGCUUCAUAGUGUGGUGCUUAACCCCUUGUGCCACCAGGGAGGCCCUGAAAAACGUUCUUAAUGAACACAAAAAUGGUUUUAAUAAACUAUGUUUGCACAUGAACUUAGGCAGGAUAUAGCCUCUAUAGGUGAUUAAUGUGGACAGAUUUUCAUUCUAAUGCAGGUUUAUCUUUAUCAUUAAGA